AUGCUCAUCGUCGAGACGCAUAAAGAUGUACCUACCCAGCAUGGCGGCAAUAUGCGUAUCAACCUCCCAACACGCAUACCCAACGGCUGCCAUCUUCUGACAGCAAGUGAGAUCUAUCAGGUCACCGGACCAGUCGAGCGCUUCGCCCGGCAAAUCGCUGGCCAUGGUUAUGUGGUGGCGGCACCUAGCAGCUAUCACGAAUUCACGGGCCCGGAAGCACUAGCCUACGACGGGCCUGGGACGGACAAAGGCAAUGCCUGGAAGAUCGAGAAGAAGCUCUCGGCCUACGACGAAGAUGCCACGCUCAGUAUCGAUACUUUGAUCAGUCUACCAAAAUGUAAUGGACGCAUUGGUGCGACUGGGAUGUGUUUGGGUGGGCAUCUGGCGUUCCGUUGUGCUAUGGAUAAGCGCAUCAGGGCGGCGGUCUGCUAUUUCGCUACCGAUAUCCACUCACAUAGCCUUGGCGAAGGCAAGCAGGAUGACUCGCUUGAUCGUAUCAAGGAUAUUCAUGGCGAGCUGGCAAUGAUCUUCGGCAAACGUGACAACCAUGUCCCUCCAGAUGGUCGUGACCUCAUCCGCAAGACACUACACGAGAGUGGCACGACUUUCAGCUUUUACGAAAUGGCGUGGGCACAGCACGCUUUCAUUCGUGACGAGCUCAGCAAGGGACGAUACGACCCUGCCUUGGCUGGGAUAUGCUUCCAGAUUUUACGUGAGCUGUUUGGCAGGACGUUGAGUGGUGAUCUUGGACCCAGGGAAGGCGAUGGUGGUGAGGUUGAGGAUGUCUGCUAG